CUUUCAGGCUCCUUCAUCACUACUUGGCACUCCGAGCUUUCCACGCCACGUUUUUAUCAACCCAACUUUAAAGAGACAUGGCUUACCAACCCCCCCGAUCCCAGGUGGUGAUGGUCACCUCCACCCAUCACGGUGUCGGGACAUGGAGCACUGGCAUUUGUGACUGCUGCAGCGAUAUGGGGACCUGCUGCUGUGGCCUGUGGUGUUUCCCCUGCAUGCAGUGUCAGACUGCCAGUAAACAUGGAUGGUGCUGUGCCAUGCCGCUGCGAGACAUCUGCUGUGUGUUGUCCUGUGCGCUGCGCUCCAGCAUUAGGCGACGCCACAAUAUUCCUGGCUCAUGCUGCGGUGACUGCUGUAAUGUAAUGUGUUGCUACACCUGUGCUUGGUGCCAGAUGAAUCGAGAAGUGAAGAUCAGGUGCCGCCAUCCGACUCGCACCGCCGUGGUCACCACUCAGGCCAGAGGAAUGUAGCUUGUUGACCCGGUGGUGGUUAGUUCAUUUCAUGUGACUUGGUCUGCAGAUAGUUAGCUGCACAAUUUCCUAUUGUGUCACAUCAGCGCCGUUCAAAGUUGAUCAUUUGUAUUAGAGCAAAGGGAAACAUUUAUUUCAAAUUAGUGCCUUAAAACCUCCCAGCAGAAUGAGACUUAUUCUAUUGUGUCCAGCACUUUUAUUAACCUUCUGAUUAAGAUGUUCUUGUUUUUGGAAAACUCCUAAUAAAAUACUUUC